UUUUCCUAGUCGAAAUCAAAUCACAUUUAUUUUUAUUAAAUCUUACAUCGUAUCACUCAAUUUAACUUGUUAACCCGGUCGCGCGCCAGCUUCUCAUAGAAUUGGCGUGAAACGACACGUCACAAGUCUUCGCGCGCACACAAAAAAAACCUGACGUUUUAUUAAAGUGUAAAUACGAAUCAUUGCAUGCGGUGAGGGGAUGGGCUGGGAUUUGACCUUUUCCUGGUAAAAUAAAGGGGACGCUUGUCGGCUAAGCUGACAGACAGUGAUACCUUCCGAGUGCGAUGUCGGAACAACCAUACCUUUUUACCUGUCACUCAAAGGGGGGAAAAAAAAACACAAGACGCCUCCAUCCAGUAGUUUUCCACCUGACAGGCAGAAGCAAAACUCGUGGCCAUUAAAAAAAAGAGGCGGGGAUGACGAUAAUGUUUGGGGAAAAAAAGUAAUUUGCACCGUGAUCACCUCCUUGGUUGCUGGUGCGCCGCACGUGACGGGGGCGCGUCUCACUGACUGCCUGGGUCGCCGAUGCGAGUUCAAGAGCCGAGCUGCUGCGAGGGAACAGGCUGUCGGGGUUCACGUAUAAACUGCCUUCGGAGACCACGACAGCGCCGCGGGAAUCAGUGGGAACUAGGCAGUCCCUUAUGUCCCGUAAAUCCAGCAGUAAUGAGUACAUCCUGAACGAUCUGGGAGGGUUGAGGAAGGUCGAGCGAGAGGAGGGGCAGAGGGAGGAAGUGGUCGGCGAGCGCAGGCUGUUUAAAGCGCUCGGCGACAGCAGCGGCAACAACAGGAGGCAGUUCGCGGCCAUGGCAACUGGCGCCGGGGCCGAGUACGAGCGGGCGGCGCGCCAUCAGUUCCAAGACAGCGGCACCCCGAAAUUCGUCUACAUCCUGUCCGCCUUCGCCGCGCUGGGGGGCUUCUUAUUCGGCUACGACACCGGCGUAGUAUCGGGAGCCCUACUGCUGCUCAAGAAGGAGUUCGCUCUGAACGAGCUGUGGCAAGAGCUGGUGGUCUCCGCUACCGUGGGGGCGGCUGCCAUCUCGGCGCUGAGCGGCGGCUUCUUCAACGACCGUUUCGGCCGCAAACCCUGCAUCCUCUUCUCGAGUUUUCUCUUCAUGGUGGGGGCCGUGGUGAUGACGGUGGCCAACGACCGGUACACCCUGUUGGCUGGACGUGUCGUGGUGGGGCUGGGCAUCGGACUGGCCUCCAUGACAGUAACAGUAUAUAUUGCAGAGGCUGCACCCUUCCAUAUGCGAGGACGAUUAGUUACCAUUAAUACACUCUUCAUAACUGGAGGACAAUUUUUUGCAAGUAUUAUUGAUGGAGCAUUUAGUUACCUUGAAACAAAUGGCUGGAGAUUCAUGCUUGGGCUUUCAGGUGUUCCAGCUUUUAUUCAGUUCGUGGGAUUCCUUUUCCUUCCAGAAAGUCCACGGUGGUUAAUGCAGAAAGGAAAGACUCAGAGAGCACGCAGAGUACUGAGUCAGAUUCGUAAAACGCAAAAUAUUGAGGAAGAAUAUGAAUCCAUCAAAAACAGCAUUGAGGACGAAGUGCGAGAAGCAGGAGAAGGUGGUGCCGUGCUGUGGAAGAUGUUAUCUUACCCACCAACCAGAAGAGCUCUUAUAGUUGGAUGUGGAAUGCAACUCUUUCAGCAACUCUCUGGUAUCAACACAGUCAUGUACUACAGCGCUACGAUAUUGCAGAUGUCGGGAGUCCAAGAUGACAAACUAGCAAUAUGGUUGGCAGCAGUCACAGCAGGAACCAACUUCAUUUUUGCAAUGGCUGGAGUCUGGCUGGUUGAGAAAGCUGGACGCAGAAAGCUUACCCUAUUUAGCCUUACAGGAACAGCAGUAAGCCUUGUGAUUCUAGCAGUUGGAUUUUUAUUAUCGGCUCUAACAUCACCACCUGUAACUCUACACCCCAGAGACCCUUCUGGACGUAAUGUCAGCUGUAUUAAUUAUAAAUUUUGUGACAGUUGUAUCUUGGAUCCAAACUGUGGCUUCUGUUUUAAAAUGCAACAUUCUAAUGUAACAGCAUCAUCCUGUGUUCCUGUGAGCAACAAAUCUGAUACCAAUGCUGCCUGGGGCAGAUGCAGUAAUGAGUCUGAGUUUAAGAAAGAAGGAGUAUCUUGGGCAUUCAACUUCUGCCCCACAAAAUAUUCCUGGACAGCGUUACUGGGUCUUAUCUUGUAUCUUGUUUUUUUUGCACCAGGAAUGGGUUCUAUGCCUUGGACAGUAAAUUCUGAAAUAUAUCCCAUGUGGGCAAGAAGUACAGGGAAUGCAAUGGCUUCUGGAGUCAACUGGAUUUUCAAUGUCCUUGUAUCGGUGACAUUUUUGCAUUUGGCAGAGUAUCUCACAUAUUAUGGUGUUUUCUUCUUGUAUGCUGGUCUAGCUACCUUAGGAUUGUUCUUCAUUUAUGGAUGCCUUCCAGAAACUAAGGGAAUAAAGUUGGAGGAAAUUGAAAGCUUGUUUGAGAACCGACUAUGCACAUGUGGCCUUCUGAAUUCUGAUGAAGGUCGGCACAUUGAAUAUAUUCGAGUGAAAGGAAGCAAUUAUCAUCUUUCUGAUAAUGAUACUUCUGAUGUAGAUUGAUCUGCUGUGGUGUCUUUUAUUAUUGCUCUAAAGAAUCAUGGAGUUUUGGUGUCCAUCUUCCCUGCUUCUGGCUUGGUGAUUGAUUCUGCACUUCGAUGCUGCUGCUUCAACUUAAACAAAUCGUGUUUCUUUUCUAAUCUCUCUAAUUCUAUUAGUCAUUGAAAACCAUUAUAUUUUUGUUUUAUAGCCUCUAGUCCACUUGUUCAAAGAGCUGAAAAUGAAGAUGGCAUUGUGUGGUAUACAGGUGGGCGAACAAACAUAUUCUGAAUUAUAUGUUAACAGCACUUGCUGCUGCCAUUGGGUUCUGCAUCUGUCACUCAUGCAGAUUAAAGAUGUAGCAAGUAGUAAUUUCAUAUUAUAAUACCUUUUAUAUUUAUAAUCUUUAAUCUUUUAAAAAAGUCAACCACCUUAGCUUAAUUUUAGUAUGCUUAUUUGUUAACCAUGUAAAGCCAGUAUCCUAAGUAGCCUGUGGUAGUGUAUUCAAGUGCUGAUGGUCUGUAUCAUGUUCUGCUCAAUUUCUCUUCUGGAAAACACUGAUUCUUCUUCAGGUCUACACAGAAGUUGAACUUUCUCAGAGGCAACAACAUGACUUUCUGUCAACUUUAUCAUCUUUGACACAUUCCCAUGAUCAGUUACAUAGCAGAGAUCUUCAGCAAUCUGGCAUCUUGGAUAAUGAAGUGUGUUAAGACCAAAAUAUAGUAGGAAAUAACUUAAGGAAUAUUUGAAUAUUAAUUAGAAGAUAGUCUUAAAUGUGGAUGGGAAGUGUAUUACCAGUGCCUAGUCACACUGUCAAAAGUCCUAAAACAAUUUAUAUGAAGAGUAAUUAUUUUAAGAGACAUUACCGCUUUAAGAUAAGUUCCCAGCUUUCCCUGUGAAAGUACUAAACUUUACAAGGUAUCAUCUUUAAUGACUGAACAAAAUCUGUGUUAUGUAACAACAUGCAUAUCACAUUUGAGUUUUAAAGUCACAAAGCAGUUUAACUUGUUUUCAAAAUGGAAGAUUACAAAUUCUGACAGAAGUCUACGAGAUUGGAUCCUUGUCUCCAAAUUUUUCCCAGUUUAUGAAGAAAUACCUUUAAAAUGCCUUUUGGAGGUGGUGUUUGUCACUGUGUAGCAGACAAGUGGCCUUUGACUUUCAAUUUUCUAUCAUUGCUAUCUAUGGGUGCUAAAGGUUGACGGUUCAUAUUACUUAACACAACUCUGCUAAGAUUCAACAAGUACUUGUGGGAUCUGCAGAAAGUAAAGCAAAAUUAUAUUGGAUUAGUAUAUUUUUAAAUGUGUAAUUAUUUUGCUGCUUAUUUUCUCUAAACUUAUUCAGAGAUUCCUAUUUUGUUGGAGAUAGAGGCUAGAAAUCUCCAAUUAUCUUGAUAACCAAAGAGAGAUUUGAACACACCUGUGGUAAAUGCUGCAUCCCACAGAAUUAAAUAUGAAAAAUAUCCAUUUUUUUGGAACAACGUACCACCAAUCUCAAGGCAGACAGCUUUUUAAUUGAGUAGCAGAUAGUGCAGUACAACAUUAUGUAGCAGUUGUUUUAAAGGUAUCAAUGAAAACCAAACAUUGUUUGCUAUCUGUGCUCAAAUGCAGAAGGGAAACAUUCACACCAAACAGAACUUCUACUUAAAUUAUAUUGAAUUCCUCAUUAAAUCUAGCAUUUUUUGUACCUUACUAUGAACCUACUUCAUUUGUUAAAUCAUGGUUGGUUUACAAAUUUUUUUUUAAUGGGCGGACCAAAAUUGUAUUAUUUUGCAUUGCAGUGUGAAGUAAUUAUGUACAUUUUGGUUUUAAAAUACUACAGUCAGAGCUUUAUGUAUCUUAAGAAUUCAGUACUUUGAAAUGUAUGAAUAAGUCACUAUUAAUGAAAAAAUAACCUCAAGAGCAUUGACAAAAAUCACUACUCAAAAUGAGGCACAUUUUAUGUCUGAAAUUGUGUCUCUGGUGCAGACUGUCAGUUCUUAAAAUAAUACCUUGAAAGGAAUUAUAAGACUUACAGUUUGGAACAGUAGACCCCUCUGAGACUUGAAAUACCAGACUAAUGUUAUGGAUGUCUCCAAAAUUUAUUCACUCUAAUGCCAACAGUUUGCUCAUUUGUUAACUUUGCACAUAUAAACAUUAACUCUUUGCGAAACUGCUAUAUUUGUUAAGUGCCUCAGGUCACUGUUUGGUGAAAAUGGAAAAAAGAAUUUUGUUAUCAGACAUCAUUCACCAAAGCUUGUAAAUUCAUAAUAAAUUUAGCCAGGUAUUUCAAAGUAACAGAAGUAAAUUUGCCUAUAGAUUUGCUAGAUAAUAGUCUGGUCAAGUUACAUACUUAUUAAUUACUUAAGUGCUUAUUAAUUACUAAAUUAUUGCAAUGGUUUCACCAAACCAUUGUGCAUAUUUUACUGUGCAUAUUUUGAAUUUGGUCUAUUAAGUGUUUCAUCUGUCCACACUACAUAAAAAUCAACAUUGUUAAAUGCUUGUGUUGUACUAGUGCAUUUCUAUAUGGAACAGAUUAUUCUGUUUAUUUAUGUAAAAAUAUUCUAAUUGUAAUAUUAAUAACCUGACAGAAUAUUGCAGAGUUGAGUAUAUUUUUCAUGCAGAAUUGCAUAUAGAUGGAGACCAUAAAACUGGACUGAAUGUAUUUUUAAAAUGUUAGUUUCCAUGCACUAAGAUGUGCACAUCUUCCAAUUAAGAACUGAACUUCAGAAAUGAAGGUGUUACAUUUAGAUGGUAUGUAUAAAUCAAAAGAAGGGGACCCUUUAUUGGAUGAUGGAUGUCUAAUGGUAAAAUUUUUAAAGAGUACUUUGUAGCUGGUUGAAUAUUUUGGGAUUACCAACGUAAUCUUUGCAAUGUGUACUAAGAAUUGUAUUUCAAAGCUACUAUGAUAAAAUGGUGAUCAUAAAUAACAAUACACAUAAUGAAUGUAAUAUUUAUAAACAAAGUAAUACUGAUAUUUAUAAAUACCUGUAUAGUACUUCUUAACACUAAAAGGUAAUGUUCCAGUGAAACGGACUAAUAAUCAGAAUCCAUUUUCCUUUAUUCUGUUUUUAAUGUAGUUUCCGAUGAACAUUACUGAUAUGAGCCAAAGCUAUUCACCAUUUGUUAAAUAACUGGAAUCUUACAACAUUCAGAAGUUAAUUCUAAUAACUAAUACAAAAAUAUACUGUUUUACAUAGUACAGGAAAUAAAAGAUCACCAUGAAAUGUAAUAUUUAGAUACCUUGGCAAUUCCGACACAGUAUUCAAUUUUUAAAAAUGGGUACUGGGGAUAACUAUCAUCUGGGAGACCUAAACUUUAUUAAAAUAUAAUAUUUGUACAUUAGUGUUGUAAAAUCAGAUUUGUUAAUGUUAUGUUUUAAUAGUUAUGCUUUCUAUAAAAUUAUAUGGAUCUAGUUAUUGAAUUGUUGACUCAAAUGAGCUGUCAAGGAAAAAAUAAA